GUUACUGCAGCCAGCUCGUGGUGUGUGGCAACGAAAUCGUGCUGGUCUAUUGACCUUCCCGUUAGCGCAGUGAUUACGGUAGCCGGAGCGUCUCCAGGACCCCCGUUUGCCGUCUACGCUCAGCGCGCUGUCUCGUCGGCCUGUCACAUCCAACGGAGAACAUAUCUCCCGGCUCAAAAAUCCGCUACAACAUGAGUCACCGCGUUGGAAGAUAAGCUUUACCCAGCAGCUGUCGCGCUGAGCAUGUUUGCAAGCAUCGUUCGUAUACGCGUCGCCCACCUUUGAUUGGUUUUCAGUGCCGUAGGGGUACCACAUGGCGCGGCAAUGCAGCCCUGCGUAGCAGGCUAUGAUCAUAUCCUUUGGCUCCUGUAGUCCAGGCAAGAGAAGCCUUCGCACAUCACGAACAUGUCUUGGGCUGAUGCAGAUCAGUUGGACUUCACUUGCGAGUUCUGUGGGGUCAGCUUGAAUGGGGAGAAAGAGUUUCGGGACCACUGUAACUCGCUCGAGCACCGGGCGGUGCUUGUGUCCGAUGGCGGCCGCACGUGGAAGCACCGGCCACCGCCACGCGGCAUCCCAGCCGACGAACUCUCAAUUUGUCAGAAUCACCAUCUGUACGGUCAGUGUCGGCUGGGGAGCCAGUGCUGCGAGGCCCAUAGCGAGGACGAGCUGGCUGAAUGGCUGGAACGCCUCAAGUACCGCAGGGAGAGGCUUAAGAAGGCUCAGCAGAAGCACCUUGAGGGUUAUCAAGAGUACGCCAAGGAUCUGCUGGAGCGGUACUCGGAGGCGAAGGACCCCAUGGACAUGCAAAGGGUGAUGACUGAGAGCUUGAAGGGCCUUCGGCUAACUUGUCGGCAGCAGCUCAAGCGAACGGUCAUCUCCAAGGAGAGCGAGCUCGUGUGGGAGUUUGAGCUCUGCACCAUCACACCCCUUCAGCGCCUGGUUCUGCUGCACGACGCGUAUCGGGGCCACUUUGAGCUGAGGCUGGUGGAGAAGUCUCCGUUUAAGUUUGUGCUUGCGCCGGGCUGCCAGGAGUGGGUGAACAGCCUCCAGACACCUGCCAGCAAGGACGUGCUCAUCUACUACAUCCAGGUUGGCUUCAGGUCGACCAUGUAUGCCACGUUUGUACAAACGCUGGCCUUCGACUUCGGUGGCUACCCCGUCCUGAUUCGAAACUUUAGCGUCGACACGGUGGCUCCAGACACUCUGAGCACAAUUGAACGCAGCCGCCGUCUCAUUCUGACGGGUACAGGACGCUGGAACGCAGCCGCCAUUGAUCUCGUAGCCUUUACGGAACGAAGGAGUGUCAGGGCACAGAGCCUGCUAGAGAUGUAUCCGGCUCCCGACAUGGACACGUUUCAGCUGACGCAGGCAGUCAUAGGCGAGGUGCUGACUCGGGAGAAUUACAAGCCCCGGAUGCACGAGCUGCUCUAUGUUGAGGAGAUGGCACGUGCCGACAUCAUUGCCCAGUACAAUGUACGGGUGUUACUUGACAUCACCGACAAUCUGCAAACGUCGUCGGCCAACGCGACCGAGGCGUACUACGCCCAGGGGGGCGAGCUAUUCGCCUGCCUGUGUCUUGACUCGGACAUUACCGAGGAUACACCUGCCGGCCGCCUGGUCCUGCAGAACUGCCAACUCGUCUGGCUGGCCCCUGUUAGGACGGCCGACACUGGGGAGGUCAGGCCGGCCAAGCCGAGGGUGUAUGAGCUGCCCAUCCAGCUGGCCAAGAAGGACCGUGUCUACAUUCGACUGACGAGAGUGUGUGUGAACGAAUUCAAGCUGGAACCCGAUACGAGCAUCGAGGCAGAGGUUCAGUUCCUGCUCGAUCGGGUGCCGAUGUGCGAAAUGCAUUACGCCGUGGACAAGUUGCCCAUGGCCAGUCUUGUGUUUCCGGACUUCAGCAUCCAGCCUCCACGUUGCCCACCGGAAGAAUCUUUGACAUGGGACCCACGGCUCAACGAGCAGCAGCGUCAGGCAGUCGCGGCCAUCACGGCGCCUCGCACGGUUCCCAACGUGCCACCCAUUCUUGUGGUGGGACCCUUCGGCACUGGCAAGACCUUUACGCUGGCAAAAGCAAUGCUUGAGGUUGUCAAGCGGACGCCGGAUUCGCGGGUGCUGGUCUGCACCCACUCCAACAGUGCGGCCGACCUGUAUGUGUUGGAGCACCUGGAUAAGGAAGUGCAGAACCAACCGGAACUGUGUCCUCUGCGAAUUCUCUACGAGUACCGAAUGCCCAGUCGCGUGGACCGACGCCUGCUCCAGUACUGUCUCGAGGUGCCUCGGGAUCAGCAGUCCAAGCAGGGACCCUGGUUUCGACAGCCCACGGCUGAGGAAAUCGAGGGCCACCGCGUGGUGGUGACGACCCUGUCGUCGUCCCAGAUGCUCCUCACAAGCAACAUCAAGAGAGGUUUCUUCACGCACAUUUUCAUUGACGAAGCGGCACAGGCGAUGGAGACUGAGUGCAUUCUGCCCCUUGCCCUGGCUGACGAGUACACCAGGAUAGUGCUUGCUGGCGAUUACAUGCAGCUGAACCCAGAGGUGUUCUCGGUGUUCACACGUGAGCGCCGCCUGCACGUGUCCCUGCUGGAGCGACUGCUCGAUGCAUUCCAGCACGCCACCCGAGGCAGCGGGAACGCCCGGCACCCAUGCCAGGUCGUGCUCGAAGACAACUACCGGUCGCACGAGGCAUUGGUACGUUUUGCCUCGGAGAGCUUCUACGGGGGACGACUGCGUGCUGUCGGAAGUCCCGGGCCACACCAUGUGCUCCACGCCCUGAGCUUCUUCGUGGCGCAAGGCGAGGACACGCCCCAGAAUGGCAGCACCUCUUAUGUCAACCACAAGGAGGUGCUUGAGGUGUGUGAUGUCGUCAAGCGGCUGGUGGAACAGUGGCCCAUGACUUGGGGGCCCCGUGACCCAUCGACCGUGGCAGUCGUGACGCCUUACUACGACCAGGUGCAGUGCAUUCGUAUGGAGCUACGAAACCACAAGCUGUCCCAGGUUCGAGUUGAGAGCGUUGCCAACGUUCAAGGCAAGGAGUUCCGUGCCGUGGUUCUGAGUACGGUUCGUACUCGUGCCACCUGCGUACAGCUGGAGCGUAAUACGCCCUUCAAGACUGCGCUCAACUUCGGCUUUCUCUCGGACGCCAAGCUUCUCAACACUGCCCUGACGCGGGCGCAGUCGCUCGUCGUCGUCGUAGGGGACCCCAUCUCGCUCUGUUCCAUCGGUGACUGUCGGACACUUUGGGAGAAGUUUAUCUCGACCUGCGCUCGACUGGGCAGCCUGUAUUGUAUGCGAUGGGAGGACAUUAAGUAUCAGCUGGAAGGGUUUGAGCUGCAAAAGGAGUACGGCCUUAACCCACACGCCAAGUGUUUUUGGCCCAAACAUCCUUUCCUGGACAUAAAUCCAGUGGCCCAUCCACAGCUGCCCACUCAGCCGACAGUGGCACCUGGAUUCAAGGGGCCUCCGUGCUCAACAUAUUCAUCCAGCCACAUGCCAGCAGCCCGACCUAACUGCUACGUGCCCGCGAUAGACCGUCGUCUAUUCAACAUGCCGCCCCCCAGAGUACCUAUCAACAUGCCGCCCCCCAGAGCCCGCUAUCCUCCACCCUUGCUGAACAGCCAAGUUGCGCCUAGCCUGUGGCACGGCCCCCCGCCACUGCCAGUGCCACGCUCGUUGAACGAGCAGCAGGUGAACAGGAUGUAUGCCCUAAAACAGGUGCAGCUGCAAGCACAGAGGCAACAGCACCCUCGGCAAACGUGGCCACAGCACAGCUGGCCUGCACCGGAACAUCCGGAGGCCCAGUACCAGCACUUUCCUCCUGCGCCACCUCGGCCAGUCGGUCAGCCACUGUACCAAGGACAGUCGGUGAACUUUCCUUGGCCAUUCCCUUCUCACAGACCGCCAAUGCCCGUUCCUCAGCAGCAGAUGCCCCCUGAAAUUUCAUCUAGACAGCUGCAGACCGAACAAAAGCCAGCUGCCCAGCCAAGUGCACAGCCGAAAGCGGUGCACCUUCAAGCGAGCAGCUAUGGACAGAAUCUCGUCCAAACGGAACAGCCGCGCAAGCAGUUGCAGAGAUCGCCUCUUGGGUUUAACUCUGAAAUAAGUUCUUCCGCAAGUGACUCGGGUAGAGCCCCCGUAGCUGCGGCUUCAGCGAGGGCGACGAGCGACAGUCCAGACGCAGCCUUUCGUAGCAUGAUGCUUGGUGAGGAGGACGAGGAAGUAGGGUGGAAGUCUGUCAGCACAAACAAGCCACUGACGAAUGGAACUGUAUCUGAAACGAGGUUGCCCCGCAAAAAGAAAGCGGUUGCACCACGAUUUGCCGCUGCCAUGCAGCAUUCGAGUCGGCCGACCCGUCAACCCGCCAGCCAGCCGGACAGGCCAGCAAAGGCGCCUCUUAACGGAGUGAUCGCCGGGAAAAGCUUUGCAGGCACCGGAGCUGUCACUCAAGCUCCGCAGUCGUCACAGUCUGCUUGGCCUGAAGUCCGCAAAUCCAACUGUGCCACGCAGAACGGUGCAGCACAGGUCAAGCCCAAGGAGUUUAGGAAUUCCGUCUGUUCUGGAGGACAGAGCCGUGCGCCACAGUCUCAGGAGCUAAAGCAGAAGGACAGGCCGACAGUCGCCUACGUCACUGCUGUGACAGAGCCCGUGGCAUGGGAUACUAAGGUUUUCCGCGAGACAAAGCGUUCGACAGAGCGCGGAGCCUCUUCACCCGGGACCAUCAACAACAUCAAUUUCGGCCUGGAUCUGUACAAAGCACUCACCAGCGACGACGUGUCCCACAAGGAUCGCUCCAAGGACUCAACAAAGCUGACUGAUGCUCUUAGGGUAGGAUUUGCCCAGGCUGGAUAUUCGCAGGCCACUGCUGGGCAGAGGACAGCUGAGGACCAGACAACAGUGGGAUCCAAGUUUGGUCCCAUUGGAAGCAGGAUACCUGACAAGCCCAAGCUGUCGUACAGUGAUGCUCUGCGUAAUGGCCAGACGAAUGGUUCUGUUGCGCCCAACACCAGCAAACGUUGACAGAUGGAGCAGUGCUUGCAUGUGUGCCCGAUAAGCUGGUGUUGGCGACUGUGCAGUUUAUGUGCGUCUGCUGGUCAGACAUGGAAGAUAGCACGCUGGGUUGUUUUUCACGACCAGGAAGUCGUCACUGUUUUGUGGAACAUCAUAAAUGUGAAUAUCUUAGUUUUCUUCUAGCGGUGUGCCAGAAUACUCUGACGCGUGCAUUCUAUCUUUUUUUAUCAUUCUGGACCACCAGCAGUCUGAUUAAUUUUAAGUUGGUGUCAGGUGCUGCCGUAUCAGCUAAUUUGCUCCAGCGGUGCCCCUUUGUACGUAGAUGCUAAAAAUGUCUGCGUCGUGUGUUUAAUUUUAAAGUAUUGCGUAGUACAAGUUUCUUCCUCAUUCUUUCUUCAGUGGAACUUUUGAUUGUUUUGCGAAAGUUCUUUGCCGUUUCGUUUGCGUCGAUUGCGUUUCUAUGACGUGCUAAGCGUGACCGUCGAUGCGCACCAGCUCGCUGCGCAAAUGUCCACUCUUUGAAGGAAUUCAACACAGGCGAAACAGAGCAUGUGGUUGCCAUACUCAUCUUUGGACGUGUGCAUUGCGCCAAGGCGCUUGUGUCUUCGUGAUCACUCGCAAAAGAAUCUGGCCGAGACGGCAAAGCCAUGCAGUUUCGUCUCGUCCAUGCUUGGAACGGCCGUGUUCCUGAUCUCUCGCAGCAUUUUGGUCUUUCUAACGCUAAAUCUGUAGCGUCGCUUACGCCAUUUUUGUUUUCUUCCGUUCAUCUCGUGCUCUGCCUUGAUGGCAGUGCUUCUCCAGGGAAGAGGAAUGUCCGAGGUUUUCCGCAAUUUGCAGUUCAUUGGAACUUUUGCAAUGGCGAACAGUGCUUCGUGGUCUGUGAUAGGCGAGGUGUAAACAGCUGUGCACGAUUCUGUGCUGCCCUUUUAGGGCAAAAGCGCUCAGUGCGAAUUUAUGUGCACAUCCUAAAUUAUCUCGAGCGUUGUUGCAGCGUAGACAAGUAUACCAUAGCAAGCUCGUGUAAAAAAAAAAAAAAGACGGUAUUCGGGGAUGCGAGUGUCUCUAUUAAUGUCCACUUUUGCUUGAGCUACUUUGUGCAGUUUGUUGGGUGGCGAAUCGGUUUACUUUUGCAUUUGAAGAUAUUCGGUACUGCUCCUGUCACUUCAAGGUCCAAUCUAGGGGUCAUUGCCUCGAUAGUAGAGCUUACCUGUCCAUUUCAAAUUUCGCUCAUUUUACAAGACUGCCAGGAGUAUCCUUAGGGACGGUUUACAGAGUUGUCCAGGAGUGCUGUUUGUGCGGACGUGGAAGAACAUUGGACCAAUGUCAAUGUGGCCGUGUUAAGCCUGCCUCCGUUUCGAGGUUCUAAGACGAAUGGUAGCGAUAACCUUGUCUUGAAUCUGCAUAAAUUGUGGAUCUGAUGACCCAUUGUGUGGCUCUGCAUUUGUUGUUAGUCUUGGGUAGCGUGGGAUUAAAUUGUUGGGGUUUCAGAAGUUCGCUCGAAAUUAUCGCUGGAUGUAAACGUACUGUCUAUAUGUGUGGACGACUUCAAGGUGUCGUCAGUGCUUUUUCUUUGAGUGCGUCCGGGUUAACGUCAAAAGCUGUUUUUAUUUUUAGUUUACUGCUGAUGCAAGUUGUGUCAUGAUCGGUCAUAAAGUAGAGACAAGGAGUGUGUCCCCUGCGUAGGAAGGCGUCACCUUUACGACAUUUGUCGCUUAUUUUUUUUAAAGCGCUUGGAGGUGGUGUUUGUUUUUUUUUUCUUCAUAAAUGAAGUGACCCUUCCUAUCUCCUUUCCCCUUCCCUCCACAUUUGUCAUGCACAGUUGUGAGAGCUAUUUUGAAUCUGAGACUUGCGUGGGCACAUUGUGGGAUGUGCACAUGUGUGACAUGCGUAGAGUGUGAUGUGCACAGUGUGUAACAUGCACCUAAGUGAUGUUUUUGAGAUUGUGAUCUAUGCGAGGUGGUCGAGUGUGCUCCUACUUUAGCCGACGCCUCACGGGAGUAUUGCGGCGCUGCUGUUAAUGACUUGCUUGUGACUGUUGUGAAGCGAAUCCUUUCUUUUCUGUCAAUGCUCGAUCUAGAAAGUACGACUUGUGAGACCGGGACAUGUCAGUGAGCUUCCGGUACACAGAGUGUCAUCUGCAGUAAAAUACAAGCUUGUCACAAAAUGUUUGCAUAUCCGAGAGGGUAGCAUUUGUUUGAAUCCCUAGUCCAGCUACAUUUGUGAUUUUGCCACUUCUGAAGGAAAUGAACUGUCCAGCUAGUAUUGAUUAUAAACUAAAUAUGCAUUAUGUCUUUUGAAGACAUUUUAUUGUUCUUUUUGAUUUUCUUUUGUGUUGGCUGACAAAAUUUUAUUUCAUAGGGCUCUGUUAAGUUAAUAAGAAGAACUGAAGUCAGUAAUAAUGCCGAUAUAGCGACUUUCUCUCAUUUUUUUUUUGUCAUGGGUUCGAAGGGUCAUUAUAAACACCCAUUUGACAAACUACAGGUCGAGUGGUUUUGUAACGAUUGCAUUGCAAAAAUAAUGAAAUAAGGAAAGUAGUUGAUUUAAAUAUCCCUUUUGAGCUGCUGCCAGCCAUUGCAAAACUUAAACCACGAAUUAGUUUUUGAUUUUUUUUCUUGGAACAACUCUAAUAAAAUAAGGCCCGUGUACUCAGAUUUGGGUGCACGUUAAAGAACCCCAGGUGGUCAAAAUUUCCGGAGCCCUCCACUACGGCGUCUCUCAUAAUCAAAUAGUGGUUUUGGGACGUUAAACCCCACAAAUCAAUCAAUCAAUCAAUCAACUCUAAUAAAAUAGGAGCAUUGGAGACUAAACAUGACCUGAUCUUGUGAAAAAUAGAAAUAAUGCAAACAGAAAAAUUUCAGGACAAAAAAGAAGAGCGAAUGAAGCCAUUCAUAGCGAUGUUCGCAGGCUUAAAAACUGGCGUUUUAGCAAUGCUUAACAUGCAAAUCACUUGGUGCAGUGUUGCGACGGCUUGGGACUGUCAGCUAUGUAUCGUGGCGCCUUGUAUGAGUUGCAACAAAGUGGACACGGUUGAAAUGGCCCCAACCUUACACUGUAGCACCUACAAAUGUAAAAUUCGUUUGGAGAUACCAGUAUCUGAAACAAUUCCUACGUUAUUCGUUUUUUAUGUUGGCACCACCACGCAGUGUUGGCGACGCUUUGAACACGGGCAGCGCGUUGCAACUUGUGCUGGCCACAAUAGUACGAGCCAUGCAGCUGUGAUAUCAUUCUGGGCAAGGGUCUCCCCUUGUGCUGAGCUAAAAACCAUCUGACAUGGCUGUGGUGCAUUGCUACUAAUAGAGCAGUUGCAAAGCUGUUCACGUGUUUCUGUGUGUAUGCGCUGCGUGAGUUGGCAGCAAAUUGCUCGGCGGCACAUUGUUUGGUGGAGUGGAUCAGCAAAGUGGAUCAACAGAUUGGUAGGGUAGGGUCUGUUUGUACAUCUUAAGCUUGGGAUCACACGGCCUGAACAGAAACGUAUGGCAUAAGUUAUCAAAAACGUUACACGUCACUCUCGACUCUGGCUGCGUCAGUAGCAACACUUGGAAAAUAGAACUGCAAAGUGGCACGGCGUACUGGCCCCACUGCAGCUCGGGACAGCCACUGACACUGGAAAAAAUGCGACGCUUACGCAACAUUAGUGAAAACCUUGCCUCUCGUUCAUAUUGUACAUUAGUAAUUCGUACGUGAUGUUUCUGUCCACGUCUCGUAAUUCUGAGCUGUUUAGGUGCAAAUAGACUGCCCUGAUUAGCAGGCUGGUAUGCUGCGUACAUUCAUUUUAGAUCUACAAUGGUGUGCUGUAUUGGUAUGGUUGCCACGUUAUUAGAGAAGCACGGAACAGCGCUUCGAACAGGACAAAGUGAAUAUGCGGACGUGAUGCUGAUUAGCUACUGCUGUUUGGUGUGAUUCAGCUGAAAUACUUAGGAAGCAGGGUGUGCACCAAAGUUGAGAAUGACCCAAAAUUAAGGAUGUCAAGCCACAUAUUAGUAGCAGGCUUGUAAGAGCCUCAUUCUACUGUUGUGUAGAAAUAUGGAGGGUUAGCUACUGCAAGGAUCACCGUGUCAACAAACACAUCUUGCUGCAGUUAUCACUGGCACACAUUGCUCUUGUGAUUUUUCCACGAACCGCCCGACAGACUCCAUCUUUUAUUUGUGCCAACAGUCAACCAAACAACUGGGGAUUGAGCUCCUGAGAAGGAAUGUGUGUUUCCGGGAUGUCCAGAGUGGCUAAUCAACAGUAUUUGAAACAUCAUGUGCAGAUUCCUCACUCGUGUUCCACUCUUAGAUGCAAAACUUAAGUAUUGCCAAGUUUUUUCUUUUUUUUUUGGCAGUCGAGUAAAGUAUACUUGUGCUAGAAUAAACACCCAAAAAAUAACGAGAGUUCUAACUUUGAUAUUACACUAAUCGGUUAAAUACUAAUUGGUUAGCCGAGCUUAUCGACAAAGCAAGCAUCCCCAGCUUAUCAAAAGGGCAACUUCACAGGCUAUACUUACAAUUCACAUGUAUAAAUUUCAAUUAGUAGGCUUCAGAAUGACAUAGCACAAGGAUACCUUGGGCAUUACAGGGUAUAACUGCCUUUAUUUCUUAUCACCCUGUGUGGUUAUUCUAGCAUUGCCCGCAUGUAAACUCUGGUGAAGGCACAAGACUCCUUGUUGAGCCUCGAUACUGAGAAUGAUUCGAUGUAGCGAAAUUAUGCAUGAUUUGGUUGACCAUCCUUCGCUUCAGGGACAUAUUAUAAUGAGACUAGAAAUGCGAGACCUGCCACAUUAUGGGCGGUAAUUAAAAAAAAUCUUGUUUCUGUGGCACUCAACAUUUGGAAGUAGCAUAAAAAGCAACGUUAAUAUUAACAACAAUUCACAGCCACAUUGUUUCAAUUGUCUCAAAAAUUUGGAAAAGUUUGGUCAUAGACUGCAGAAACGCAACAAACCGUGCAGGAGGCGAUGGUCUUGUUGAAGAACAUGCGGACCGGGAUCGACUUAAGGGAUACAAUGAACUAACCAAGGGGUUCUACUUGGCCCGCCAAUGCUAUCCUCCGCCUUAUGACAGUUUAUGCAGAGCCCAAGCAGUUACCUGGCGACAGUUGAAGAUGAUCACUUAUCCUAAUCUUCUGAUAUGUCACCAAAUAUACCCUGAGAUAUAUAGCACCAACAUCUGUAACGUCUGCCAGACAGACACAGCUACGCUAACACACAUGCUCUGGGAAUGCGAGGCUAAAGUGAAGUGUAUUCUCGAUGUUCUUUCGGCGAGGUGGGGAGCCGCUCUGCAGAGCUACAAGCUUGCCGACCAACUCUGGGCAGUCCAGCAGGCCCGUGAAGUGGCGGAGAGACAAAGCCUAGACGUGCCGACAUGAGAGACCUGAGCCCGAACCACUAAUUUGCCGAACAAUAAAUAAAGUUUUUCCACUACCACCACCACCACUGCAGAAAAACAAGUGUUAGGGCUGGUUGGGCCCCCGUAUGAACCGAAGUUUGAAAUGCGACAAGGAGACAGCUAGGUAGGUAUUUCCUUGUUGGUAGUGGAUUUGAAGACUAUGAUCACACGUUUUUGUACCUAGAAUUUUUGCAUGAGUGGGACUGUUGGUGCUGAUUUUUAUCUCUAUUGUAACCACAAAUGUCGGGUAUAGAAAACUUAUUUAUGGUCCCAAUACCUGGUGCUGUUUGUCAACACCACGUGUGUCGUUCUUCCUUUGCCCUGCCUAAAGCUCCGUUUGAUUUUGUUAAUUUAAAAAGCAGCAGAGGUAUUGGCAUAUUGUCAAUUUUAUUAUGGCGCUUCUCCACAUGGUAGCCGUGGAUGGGUGACAACUGUGGGCAUGGCAUAAUAACUGUGGGGAUGGGAUUGAGUAUGAUUUUGUUCAUUUAAGGAGGCAGACUGGUGUUAGACAUUUUUGUUUAUUUCUUCAGUGAUCUUGAUCAAACUGCACAUGAUUAUGCAGUUUUUUCUGCUGAUUUCAAACAUGUAAUUAGUUUUCCUGUAACUGGUCUUGUUCCCGAGAUAACUUAAGUUCAUCCCCUUUUGGUUAACGCUGCCAUAGAAAAAAAAGUGCUUAAUUAGAAGUUAUAUUCAAGAUAUGCUAACAUAGACCAGUAACUAUAGAUUGAAAGUAUGCAAGAGCUUUUUGUUUAUAGGCCUUUCUUGGUUAUUUUACAGUAAAAUGAACUAUCCAUAUUCAAAAGCAGUUGGAAUUGUGUUACAAUUUUGAUGAGUAAUUAAUUAAAAAGGCUUGUGCUCUAAAUUCUGCUCCCAUAUUUCCACUCUACACACAUACAGGUUUCCAUUUCAAAAAGAAUUAUUGUUGUACCUGCCCUUGCUGCAGAGAUAUUGAGACCUCAAAAUGGAACAGCCGUAAAUUUACUUCUUUUGAGAAAAAUGAAAAAAAAAAAAAAAAACCAACUGAAAACACAGCUUCUUCAAAAAGUAACAAUCAUGGUGCGCAUGUUUUGAAAUCCUCAUAAAGGUGCUCAUAAAUUCGUAGCAGAGCUUCGAACACAGCUGCCGGCAAAUUAUAAAGAAGCCUUGAAGUCGGUUCCCAAUAUUCUCGCCUCGCAGGUUCUGCAUGUUAACAGCACCAAGAAUCUGGACAGUUAGAAUGACACUACAAAAAAAAUUACCAUUUCCUGGUGUGUGAAAAUAUGCAGAGAUACUUGCAGGAACCAAAAAUGUCAGUUUUAAAAAAUGAAUUUUUUUGUCGCUUUUUGGUCCCAGUCUGCUCCCUUCUUAAAACACGGAGUGGUCAGCCUCUGGUGAAUUUUGUUGUAUUGUUACUCUGCUUGUGGUGGUGCACGGUGACAAUGGUGGCUGUGGCUUCGUAGCUGCAGAACUUCGGACUCAUUGUGAAGCCAAGGCGCUCUUGUGAAGUGAAAUCGUUGAUCACGUGUGCGGGUUUUCUGCCUUUGUGGCCACUAAAUUAAAAAAAUUUUUUAAGGUGCAUUGCAGUUCUUUGUGUGAAUUUUUUUGUCAGUUCCGCUUGGACAGACGUUUUCUGUAAAAGCUGAUAAUUGAAGCAUGUCGUGGCCUAUUACUGACGAUCGUUUGUUUCUGUGCAUCAGUUACAUGUGUAUGUGCUAAUGAUCUCCCAUAAACAUGGCCACCUUUAGAUUGAUUUGUGGGGUUUAACGUCCCAAAACCACUAUAUGAUUAUGAGAGACGCACCUUUCAAAUUGCUGUCACCCACAAUCAUACGGAAUUUCAUGUUUUUGAUAUGGUCUUUCUCAAAGGUCAGAUGGCUUUAAUUCCUGGAAUAAAAAAAAGAAAAAUGAUACUUUUUCAUCGAAAGAAAAAAAA